AUGUUGAGAAAUCUGUAUGCCCUUACCUUCUUUUUCUUUGCAAGUACCAAAGCGUGGUCAUCAACAAACAACCAAUAUGUUCGCCAACAGAAUGGUAUAACAUGGAGAGUCUGCCCGCAGGAGCUCCACGAACUCGACAAUAGCAAUAGAACAUUCGAAUGCGGUACCUUGAGUGUCCCAUUGGACUACACCAAUAAUUCAUCCAGUCAAAGGAUUAAUCUUGAGAUUAUACGAGUCCCCGCUACAAAGGAACCGAGGAAAGGGAGCAUCUUUUUCAAUUUUGGCGGGCCUGGUGGUGAUGGACUCACCAACAUGGCAGGGUCAGCUUCCAAUAUCCAACCUAUUACUGGUGGUUAUCAUGAUCUCAUUAGCUGGAAUCCUCGGGGAACAGGAAACACUCUUAGCUUCAGUUGCUACGAGAAUUCAACCGAUCGUGCUUUGGCUGAUGUUGCCCUCCACAAUCCCCUGGCCAACGCUACUGCUGAUGGAAGUGCUCUUGGCCGCGCCUUUGCAGAAGGAAAGCUUUUUGCCGAUCAAUGUAAGCAGAUGCAGAACGCAACCGGCGAGUAUGUCGGUACGGCAUUCACGAUUAGAGAUAUGUUUCGGAUCCUUGAUAAUCUCGAUGAAGAGGGAAGGUUGCAGUACUGGGGCAUGUCAUACGGCACUGUGCUUGGUGCUACUGCGCUGUCCAUGUUCCCAGAUCGCAUCUACAGAGCGGUCUUAGACGGGGUUCAAAACAGUCACGAGUACUAUCACACCUUUGGUGAUCCCGAGAUGUAUACUGAUUUUGACGUUACUUGGAACGAGUUCCUCAAAGCAUGUAUGGAAAAUCCAGAUACUUGUGCAUUGUCACGACAUGCUCCGUCGGCUGGUGAACUCGCGGCAAAGAUGGAUCACAUGCUCGACGAUCUCAAGCUCAACCCUUUCUCAGCAGGCCACUCUAUUAUCGACUAUAAUCUGGUCAGACGCAACUUCUUUGCCGACAUUUACAAUCCAGUAUCAUACUCCAGGUUUGCAACAACAUUAGAGGCUGUGCUUGUACGGAACGUUACAGCACUUUCAGCAUUAUUGGCCGAAGAUCACGCUUUCGAGGUUCCAACAAUGGCCGAGACGCUCCCCGCUGUUCGGUGCAGCGACAAAUUCCCACGAUCCGAAACACUUGGCCCUGUCAAUGUCGAACUCGAGGACCGACUUUACAAGACAAGCGCCAGAUUUGGAGAUAAUCCCUCAUUUACAAUGUCAGCUUGUGCACAAUGGGGAUUCAAGGCUAAAGAGCGAUACAAUGGACAAUUCUACGCUAAGACGAACUUUCCAGCGCUGUUUAUUGGGAACACUUGGGAUCCUGUUACCCCACUUAAAUCGGCGUACAACAUGUCCGAGGGGUUCGAGGGAUCAGUAGUGCUUCAGCACAAUGGGCAUGGACACAUGACAUUUGCGCAGCCGUCGUCUUGCACCUCCAAGUAUAUCGCGGAUUAUUUUGUCAAUGGCACUUUGCCAGAGCCUGGAACUGUGUGUGAGCCUGAUGCUCCUCUUUUCCGCAAGCCAGUAACAUAG